CAAAAAACGAAAGAGACAAAAAUACAAAAUUGAAACUUUGAAAAUAUUGAAAGAAAAGUGAAAAAAAAGAGAGUUUAGUUUUUUUAAUCAUAUGGGGUUUAUAUAGUUUAUUACCACACUUCCUCAUGUUAAUCACUUCAUUUAUCUCUCUAUUAUCUCUCUCACAAUCUCUCUGGUUUUUGGGCGUUUCUUCGUUGAAAGUUGUUUGCUUUUGGUGAGUUAGAAUGGCUUCGAGUGCUUCAAAAUUCAUCAAAUGUGUGACUGUUGGAGAUGGUGCCGUUGGAAAAACUUGUAUGCUCAUCUGCUACACUAGCAACAAAUUCCCUACUGACUACAUACCAACAGUUUUUGACAACUUUAGUGUUAAUGUUGUGGUUGAAGGCAUCACUGUGAACUUAGGCCUUUGGGACACUGCCGGGCAAGAAGACUAUAACAGACUAAGGCCUUUAAGUUACAGAGGAGCAGAUGUUUUUGUGUUGGCUUUCUCAUUGAUCAGCCGAGCUAGCUAUGAGAAUGUGUUUAAAAAGUGGAUCCCUGAACUCCAACACUUUGCACCAGGAGUCCCCAUUGUGCUUGUUGGUACCAAAAUGGAUCUUCGUGAAGAUAGACAUUACUUGUCUGAUCAUCCUGGACUGUCCCCGGUAACUACAUCACAGGGAGAGGAACUCCGCAAGCAUAUCGGAGCGACUUAUUACAUUGAAUGUAGCUCAAAAACUCAACAGGUACACUUGUUCAUGUGUGUUUGGAAACUUAGGAGUCAUUAGUGUUAGGUGACUCUUUACUUGCAAACUAUAUGCUUUUCUUUGGUUCAUGGCUUUUGCAGAAUGUGAAAGCCGUAUUUGAUGCUGCUAUUAAAGUAGUAAUUAAACCAGCAGUGAAACAAAAGGAGAAGAAGAAGAAGCAGAAGCCUCGCAGCGGAUGUCUCUCAAACAUUCUGUGUGGGAAGAAUUGAUGAGUCAAUUCCAUCUGAUGAUUGUUCACUUCUUUUUUUUUCUUUUCUUUUCUAAUUGGCCAGUUUGUGAUUCUGAUAAGUCGGAAUUACAUAGACUCUGGCAGAGAUGAGCCUCAAUUAGUAGCUUCUUCGAUUCUGUUUGUAUAUGUGACCCUGAUGUUUGUUUGUUUCGAUUUGGUUUGACCCUUAUAGAAUUGUUAUAGCCAUUUUGUAGCCAAAACUUGGAGUAGUUCACGACUUAACGUGGUUAACACUUGCUUCUUUCGAAAAAA